AUGAAUCCAACAAAUAAUUCCAAUGAAGAAAGCAACUAUCCCAAUGAUCCCAUUAUUAAAUACACCAACAAAGGUUCAGUCAGUAGUAAUUUCAUUUAUGAAGUUAUAAAUAUAGGACAUUAUCCUGAAAACUAUAAAACUACUCGUGGAAGUUCCCACCCUAUUCCUGAUAAUUAUAAGAUCAAAACAACAUUUGUAAAAAAUACCAUAACAUGCUCAAUUAAUUAUAAUGAAAAUAAUGAUCCUGUUUAUCGAAUUGAUUGGGUUGAUGAUGUUAAUAAAUUUAAUGUAAUUUCUAUAAAAUCAGCAACAGAAGCUGUUGAUUUAUUUUUGAAAUGCCUUAAGGAUUAUCGUGAACAAAACCCUCCUAAAGAAAAACAUAUCAGAAAAAAAAUUGAUUCUUUUGAUAAUUUAUCAACUUCAACUCAGAGAUCAAGGGUUAUAUCAAUGGGCCAAAGUAUAGUGCAGACAUUUGAAAAUAAAGAAGCUAUUGUCAAAGUAUUAGAUGAACAUAAUAUUGGUAGAGAUUCAUAUAGAGCAUUAACAGCAAUAGUGAACUCUUUACCUCAUGAACACAAUAUUGAAAAAAAAAAAAAAAGAAUCAAUCAAAUAAUUACUGAAAAAAUACCAAUUUUUACUUUCAAUACAUCAUUUGAAAAAACUGUAAAAAGUGUUACAAAUGACAUGGAUAUUGAUGAUGAUACAGAAGAAGAAAUAAGUGAAAAUAUACUAGUAACAGAAGAAUCACGUGGAAAUGGAGUUUGA